GUACAACUAACUGACUAAGUCUCUCUCUCCUCUCUGAGGCUCUGAGCGAACAUGGAAGAGGCAGCGAAGAAGGGGACGGUGACCCCACUUGCGUCGCUGUUUCCGCCGGAGGACACCGAGAAGGCGGAGAGGCGCGUACAGGAAACGCUCGCCGAGGAGCAGGCUGAGCUGGACCGCGUCCGAGGCUUCAUCUCCGAUAACACCAGCCUUAUCAACCUCGUCCAGAGGCUCCCCGACGACCUCCAUCACGACAUCAUGGUUCCGUUUGGCAAAGCGGCGUUUUUCCCUGGCCGAUUGAUACACACAAAUGAAUUUAUGGUUCUUUUAGGAGAGGGUUACUAUGCGGAAAGAACGUCCAAACAGACGUUGGAGAUUCUGAGGAGAAGAGAGCAGGGUUUGGAGUCACAAGCCGAGUCUCUGAAGGCCAUGAUGCACGAUCUUAAAGCCGAGGCUUCAUUUUUCGGUGCCACGGCUUCUGAAGCUGCGGAAGGUCUUGUAGAGAUAAGGGAAGAUUAUGUGGAGGAAAAUUCUACUGAAAGGGAAUCUCAAUCAGGUCCACCAAAAGAAGAUGCUCCUAGAUUUUCUGAAGCAGACGGUGCAAAAGUUGGAGUUGAAGAUGAAGAAUAUGCUCGUAUGAUGUCCAGGUUGGAUGAACUUGAAAAAGAAGAACUUGAAGCUGAAUGUGGCAAUGGAAACGAUGAGGACAAUGCAAAAGUUGCCAGUAAGGAUGAAGAAUAUUCUCGUAUAAUGUCCAGGUUGGAUGAACUUGAAAAAGAAGAACCUGAAGCUGAACAUGACAAUGAGAACGAUGAAGAAGAUAAAAUUAUAGCUGAUUUUGAUCAGUUGUGGAAUCAGAGAUCUCUUGAUAACAAUCUCAGAUAUUCAGAGGACCAUCAGUCAAGAAAACUGUUGGAGCAGAUGAGAGAUAAAAAGUCAGCCACUGAAGAGUUUCUAAAUAAGCGUCAUCCUCAGCAAGAUUUAACUGAUCAGCUAAACUGUACAGGUUUGACAGUGCAAUCUGUACCCAAAGAUGAAAUAUCACAUGGUCCAAGUUUGGCACACAAUGCAAUAAAAUCCUGUCCUCCUGAGAAGGCUUUUAUGCCUCCUGAAGUGAAGGAGAAUGUUCAAGCGGCAACCUCAUCAAGAAGUCAGGUUCCUGUCCAGACUUCAAAACCAGGAUUCGAUAGUCACAAGGCUUUUCCAGGCUCCAUUAUAGAGCGCGCACACAAUAUUCAAACAAAUUUAAGUCAACAAACUGCUGCUUCAUCACAGCCUCCGAGUUCCCAACCUUCAAAGCCAGUUUCCAGAUUCAAGAUGCAGAGAAGAUAGACGCCAAAAAAACAUUGUCAGAAUGCGUGGAAAUGCUUUUUGAUAAGUAGAAUGCCUGGAAAUUCUUUUUGAUGAGUAGAAUGGCUGGAAAUGCUGUUGGUAGAUUAGGUGAUUGAGGAAUCUGAUGGAGGCAGGUAUCAAAGCUUCCCUAAAUAGGUAGUGUAGAUGCGGAGAUCAACUGGAAGUAUAUUAAUCGUCAGAGAGUGAAAAGGGACUAAUUCCUUGCUUAUGUUUUAUUUAUUUUUUAAAACCAGUGGAACAACUAACCAAAAAGAGAAAGGGGAAAAAAAAAAACCGUUGGAACAAUAUGGAUUGAAAAGGUUACAAUGUUAAUAUGCACUUUGGUUUCUA